AUGAAGGCUUCCACGAUUACCCAGGCCUUGCUCGGGCUCUCGGCCACCGCCUCGGCCGCCCAAAUCAGUCUCGACCUGACCAGCGAUACCUCCAUCAAAAACACCGCCGGAACCCUCGCCUAUGGCGUGAUGAAAUACUACAAUGGAAACCAGACCGGCGGCAUCCCCGGUCUUUUGCCUGGACCAUACUACUGGUGGGAGGCUGGUGGCAUGUUUGGCCAUAUGAUUGACUACUGGUACUACACAGGAGAUGCCUCGUACAACGACGUGACUUUGCAGGGCAUGAUGCACCAAAUCACCCCCAAAGGUGACUUCCUUCCCGUCAACCAGACCAACGCCAUGGGCAACGAUGACCAGGGCUUCUGGGGUCUCACCUCCAUGAUGGCCGCCGAGGCCGUCUUCCCCAACCCCCCUUCCGAUACGCCGCAAUGGCUCGCUGGUGCCCAGGCCGUGUUCAACGAGUAUGCUGUUCGUUGGGAGGAGGAAAACGGCCUCUGCGGCGGUGGUCUGCGCUGGCAGGUGUACUCCUUCCUCAACGGAUGGGCUUACAAGAACAGUAUCGCCAACGGUUGUUUCUUCAACAUUGCCGCCCGUCUUGCCCGCUUCACCGGCAACUCCACGUACGGUGAAUGGGCUCAGAGAAUCUAUGACUGGGAGGUCAGCGCAGGUCUCAUCACCGACGACUACGUCAUCUACGACGGUAUCGAGGUCGACGACGCUACCAAGAGCUGCCAGAACAUCCACAAGGUCCAGUUUACCUACAACGCCGGCGUCUGGCUCCAGGGUGCCGCCGCCAUGUACGAUUACAACAAGACUGAUGCCUGGAAGGGCCACGUCGACGGCAUCUUAAAUUACACCGCGAGAACUUUCUUCAAGGACGGCAUCAUGUACGAAGCCGCUUGUGAGACGGUUCACACCUGUGAUCAGAACAUGGUCAGCUUCAAGGGCUACCUGAUUCGUUUCCUCGCCGCCACCGCCAAGAUGGCUCCUUGGACCGCCGACUCCAUCACCAAGAUUAUCAGCACAGCCGCCCAGGAUGCCGUCAAGGUCUGCACCGGUGCCAACGGUGCCAAGUAUCCCGGCCCUGAUGGCACCGGAUGCGGCUUCUCCUGGCUUAACGGUACAAACGAUGGCUUGAUGGGUGUUGGUCCCCAGAUGGAUGCCCUCGCGGCCGUCGUCUACAACCUGCUUCCCAACGUCAAGGCCCCGGCCACGGACAAAGAUCGUGGCACGUCCAAGGGUAACGCCGGCGCGGGCAGCACGCAAGCCCAGCCUUUGCCGGAGCCCCGAGCUAUCACCGGAGGCGACCGAGCCGGCGCCGCCAUUCUCACGGUUCUCAUUGCCGCCGGCAUCCUAGCGGGCAGCUUCUUUGUCACUAGCGAUGUGUUUUCCUUUGCAUAA